GCGCUCCUUCGUGCUUGUGUCAACUGUGGGGAGUGUGUGAGCAAGAGCGUCAUCCAUGGACGACGACGAGGACGUUCUCCCUGGAGGUUCCGAUUCGUACCUCCCGACCGAAGAAGAAGAAGAAGAAGAAGAAAGCGAAGGAGAAGGAGGAGAAGGCGGAAGCGAUGAUGAGGAAGUAGAAGUCAUCGAGGGAGAAUCUAGGGCAGGUCUCAACCGUAGAUGUAAAGGCUCCUCUGCACCGACCGACGGCGACGAGUACCGGAAGUCGAAGAACAUCGACGCUCUUUUGAGAGGCAACCUCGUCGUGAGAAGGCAGGCAUUGUUACCGAGAGUGCUCUCGGUGAUGGAAGGAGCUACUGUGUGUCGGAAACCCUUCAAACCGCCCUGCACUGAUGGAUAUGAUGAUAGGGACGGACAGCUUCACCGUCGUCUUUUAGCCCGUAAAAGAUUUGUACCAUGGGGCUCUUCAAGGCCUGCUUUGGUGGAAGUAACCAACCGGCUUAAUGUGUUACCAAGUGCCGCCGAGAAGGAUGUGGAGGAUGAAAAGGUGGAUCUGCCACCUGGGGUUGAACCUCUGGUGCUGUGGCAACCUGAAGAUUCAGAGGUCGCAUCUGGCAAUGCAGUGUCAAUUGAAGUGGAUCCAUUGCUUGUACGUUUCCUUCGACCCCAUCAACGGGAAGGUGUCCAGUUUAUGUUUGAAUGUGUUUCAGGCCUAUGUGGUAAUGCCAGCAUAAAUGGAUGCAUUCUGGCUGAUGACAUGGGUUUAGGAAAGACAUUGCAGUCGAUCACUUUGUUGUACACACUGCUCCGUCAAGGAUUUGAUGGAAAGCCAAUGGUUAAGAAAGCCAUCAUUGUCACUCCCACUAGUCUUGUGAGUAAUUGGGAAGCAGAGAUUGAUAAGUGGCUGGGGGACAGAGUUCAGCUUAUUGCUCUUUGUGAAAGCACCCGAGAUGAUGUCAUUUCAGGAAUUGAUCGUUUUACAAGUCCCUAUAGCUCUCUACAGGUUCUCAUUAUUUCAUAUGAGACAUUCCGGAUGCAUUCGUCCAAAUUUAGCCACAAUGAAUCCUGUGAACUCCUCAUAUGUGAUGAGGCUCAUAGACUAAAGAAUGACCAAACAUUGACAAAUCGGGCUUUGGCUGCUCUCUCUUGUAAACGUCGCAUAUUGUUGUCAGGAACCCCAAUGCAGAAUGACUUGGAAGAGUUCUUUGCCAUGGUUAAUUUUACAAAUCCUGCAAUCUUGGGUGACAUCGCACACUUCCGCCGUUACUACGAGGCGCCAAUUAUCUGUGGAAGAGAACCUACUGCCAGUGAAGAGGAGAAAAAUCUAGGUUGUGAACGCUCUUCAGAGCUCAGUGCCAUAGUAAAUCAGUUCAUACUAAGGAGGACGAAUGCUCUUCUAUCAAAUCACCUACCACCAAAGAUAGUACAAGUUGUUUGUUGCAAGUUGUCUCCACUUCAAACAGAACUUUAUAACCAUUUCAUACAUUCCAAAAAUGUCAAACGAGCAAUCACCGAGGAAACGAAGCAAUCGAAAAUUCUUGCUUACAUCACAGCCCUUAAGAAGCUGUGCAAUCAUCCAAAACUGAUCUACGAUACUGUGAAAAGUGGAAGUCCCGGAACUUCAGGGUUUGAAGACUGCAUACGGUUUUUCCCUUCAGAGAUGUUCUCAGGAAGGUCUGGAUCCUGGAGUGGGGGUGAUGGGGCCUGGGUUGAACUCUCAGGAAAAAUGCACGUCUUGGCCCGGUUGCUAGCCCAUCUUCGUCAACGGACAGAUAAUCGCAUUGUCCUUGUCUCAAACUAUACUCAGACAUUGGAUCUCUUUGCCCAAUUGUGUCGUGAAAGAAGAUAUCCAUAUUUGAGGCUUGAUGGAACCACAACAAUCAGCAAAAGACAAAAGUUAGUCAAUCAUUUCAAUGACCCAUCAAAGGAUGAGUUUGUAUUCCUCUUGAGCAGCAAGGCUGGUGGCUGUGGCCUAAAUUUGAUUGGAGGUAAUCGCCUGGUCUUGUUUGAUCCAGACUGGAACCCGGCCAAUGACAAGCAAGCUGCCGCCAGAGUAUGGAGGGAUGGACAGAAAAAGAGAGUAUAUAUUUACAGAUUUUUAAGCGCUGGAACAAUUGAAGAAAAGGUAUAUCAACGCCAGAUAUCAAAAGAAGGUCUUCAAAAAGUUAUUCAACAGGAGACUAGUGCCCGUGCAGCAGAGGGAAAUUGCCUUUCGACGGAAGAACUGCGCGAUCUAUUCACAUUUCAUGAAAAGUCGAGGUCUGAGAUUCAUGAAAAGAUGAACUGUAUUCGCUGUCAGCACAUUGAUGAUGCCGAAAUUGUUGGUGACAGAGGAGAUAGUGCACUGGAUCAAAGUACCUUUUCAACAGAUACUUCUGACAUAGGUUCAUUUGCAGAAAUAACUGGAUGCUUGCACAAGUUAAAGGCCUCGGAAAGACAGAUGGGGACACCGAAGGAAGAGGACUUAGGCAGUUGGGGCCAUCAUUUUUCGGCUAAAUCAGUACCAGAUAUUGUCUUCCAAGCUUCAGCUGGUGAUGAGGUAACAUUUGUCUUUACAAAUCAAGUGGAUGGGAAGCUUGUCCCAAUUGAGACAGCUAUCAGCGAAAAGAUCAGGACAGAGGAGAGCAGGCUCGAUCUGAAGCAAAGUAUGAACCAGAAACCCUGGCUAGAACAGCAGCGUUUAAAGGUGCGACAGUCGCAUCGCAGUUCCCUCACAACAGUUCUAUCUUCGUUGUCCAAGACUUCACAAGAGUCAGAAAGAAGACCACUUAAAAUCAUCCUAAAAGGGACAGGCAUUGCACAGCUGAGGAACAAACUGUCUCUUGCUCAUCAGUUGCCACAGAAAAGACCAUGCGAUAGUAGUUCAGAACUCGAUGACUUCUCGUGACGAUUCCAGCAUCUAAAGCUC